CAGUCCGCCCAGCAGGGUGACAUUCGAAGUGGGAUCCUGGGUGCCGUCUGGCGGCCGGCUCCCUGGCAGCUGUCUCUGGGCCAGUGGGCAGAGGCACAUUGCAUUGUCCCUGAGGAGACUCGCAUCUUGGAAGGGCGCGGAAUUGACCGGAGGGAGGAAGUGAGCAGAGCGUCUCCAUCACGCGGGUGUCAAUAGCAGCCGGAGGGGCGCCUGAGAGAAAAGGAAGAGGAGGGGAGAGGAGUGCGUGCUGGGGGGAGCCGGGGCAUAGCAUUUUUGGUGGAUGCUAUGAAGCCAGCCAUGGAAACUGCCGCCGAGGAAAAUCCUGAACAAAGCCAAGAGAGAAAAGUGAACAGCAGAGCUGAAAUGGAAAUUGGCAGGUACCACUGGAUGUACCCAGGCUCAAAGAACCACCAGUACCAUCCUGUGCCAACCCAGGGGGACAGGGCUGGCCCCUUGAGCAGUCCAGGCUGCUUCGAAUGCUGCAUCAAGUGUCUGGGAGGAGUCCCCUACGCCUCCCUGGUGGCCACUAUCCUCUGCUUCUCUGGGGUCGCCUUGUUCUGCGGCUGCGGGCAUGUGGCUCUGGCUGGCACUGUGGCGAUUCUGGAGCAGCACUUCUCCACCAACGCCAGUGACCACGCCCUGCUGAGCGAGGUGAUCCAGCUGAUGCAGUACGUCAUCUACGGCAUCGCGUCCUUUUUCUUCCUGUACGGCAUCAUCCUGUUAGCCGAGGGGUUUUACACCACCAGUGCCGUGAAGGAACUGCACGGGGAGUUUAAAACCACCGCCUGUGGCCGAUGCAUCAGCGGCAUGUUCAUUUUCCUCACCUAUGUGCUCGGAGUGGCCUGGCUGGGUGUCUUUGGAUUCUCUGCGGUGCCAGUGUUCAUGUUCUAUAACAUAUGGUCAACCUGCGAAGUCAUCAAGGCCCCUCAGACCAAUGGGACGGCGGGCGUGGAGCAGAUCUGUGUGGACGUCCGGCAAUACGGAAUCAUUCCUUGGAAUGCUUUCCCUGGGAAAAUCUGUGGCUCCGCCCUGGAGAACAUCUGCAAUACAAAUGAGUUCUACAUGUCCUAUCACCUGUUCAUUGUGGCCUGUGCCGGAGCUGGUGCCACCGUCAUUGCCCUGAUCCACUUCCUCAUGAUUCUGUCUUCUAACUGGGCUUACUUAAAGGAUGCAAGCAAAAUGCAGGCUUACCAAGAGAUCAAAGCAAAGGAAGAGCAGGAACUGCAAGAGAUCCAGUCUCGGUCAAAAGAACAACUCAAUUCGUACACUUAAGUGUUGGCCAGAGGGUUUCCGCCGACGAAUUCCCAGCUCUGACAAAUCACCAGACAACUGCUCAACAGUGCAGAUGUGUGUCCCUCCCAACAGACGCCUGUAGAAGUCCACACACGUCACUGUCUGUCUCAAGCUGCUGGGCUGCGUUUUCUAGAACAGCCUUUCCGUGGGUAAAUCUUUUCCUUUAGAACAGGUCUUGGAGGUUUCAUGUCAGCCAUUUUAAAAGGCAACACUUUGACAAAAUGACAGCUUUCAUCCUUUUGAAAUUUGUGGCACGUUCACACUGUGGCUAGAGUAUGCGUACCCAGACGGGCCAUAGCGUGUGACCGUGCGCGCACAUAUGCCCCCAGUCCUCAAAUCAGUCUAUCGAGACAGGAAAUCAAAUCAAAUGGGACUUUCAUUCCUGACAGCUGACAUUUAUGACAUUUUGGGUCAUCAAAGAUAAUGUGAUUUGUACAAUUCACAACCCUUCCACCCCACCCACCCCCACCCUCAAAAUAAGUCUGGGACCCGUUCAUUUUCUGAGCAGACCCCACAAGUUCAUUCCAAUGAGGGCCCCAGAUCCCGCUGUCCCCAGUGCGUGAGCUGGGUUCUGACUCAUUCACGAGCCUUCCAGAAUCGAUUUUCUGAUAAGAUUUCCUUUGACUACAAGGGCAAUGCCCUCGCCAUGGUCAUUCUUUUAGGAACAUAAAUGUCAGCUCUGCCUUAAUGGAUAUUUGCUUUCAAUUUCUACAUAUUUCUAUUACGACAGGAGACACCCCCCCCCAAAACUCCUUCACAGAAUUUUGUUCCAUUGGUGUUUUUAACAAAGAAGUGUUACCUUAUUAAAAUGACCACCAUCUGACCCCAUCCUUCCAUGGUCUGGAUUUUGAGUUUACCUUUUCAUACCACCUCUCUGAAAGUGAAUUACAAAUAAGACCACAGACCUCCUCCUUUUCUAGACUUGAAUCCUUCUGUAAGUUCAAGUAGGGUAUUUCUUUUUUUUUUUUCCCCUCACUCAAUCUCUAUUUCCUGGCCUAACAAAGCUCUGUGUUCCGUGCGAAAACUGCUUGAGUUUAAGCCAUUUGCAAUAGAAACUUGCCUUCUGAAUCCUGUGUUUCCCACCAUUUGGUGACUCUCUAGGUAUUGGGUAUUAGUGAUGGUCCACUUUUGUGUUGUUCUUUAUGAACUGAUACAUAUAACCGUCGGGUGCAUCAGUGCUUUUUCAAGGGGCUGCAUUAUAUAGUUAACUAUGUAUAUUCAUGUUAAGGGUUAACUUUGUGGUUUGGCUGUUUCCUGGAUUUUCAAACUUAUACGUGUGCAGAAAUGUAUUCAAAUGAAAGGAAGCAUACCUUUAUAUCAAGAUGCUAUUAAAAUUGAACCUUAAGAAUGAUGAUUUCAUUUGGAUUUUUUCCCUUCUUUUCUUUUGGUUAAUGCCUACAUGCCUAUUUGGAACGUUCUGGUUUUCGAACUGGGGGAAGCCCUCCUCUGGGGAGAGCCGGCCUCCCAGAGUAGUUUACUGUGCCCUCUUCCCAUUGCAUGACCGCCUUCCAUGUUCUUUCCAGCAGAGGAGGUGCUGUGAGCAUCCCGUGUUCUCCUCAGAGAGAGUGUCAAAAGCCUCGGUUCCCUUUUCUAAUUCCGGUAGCUCUUACCAGGAACUUUGGGAAGUUUUGUUUAAGUAGUCUAAUCUUUUUUAUGUAAAGAGCAUUAAAUUUUGCUAUGUAUAAAUUUUUGUAACCUAACAGUGAAUCAAUAUUUUCUAUCAGUGCCAAGGGCUUCCUGUAGUACGAUUUAAGUGUUACAAUAAAUAUUUGUAGAUAAUAGUCAAAUACUUGUGUAUGCUUAUUUUAAAGAUUUCGGUGGAAACAGUUGUGGAUGUACUGAGAGUCAUGAAAUAAAAUCAUAGCUUCA